AAACAUUUCGGAACUGAAAGUAGUGCUGUUUAUGCAACUUGGAUCACAGCUGGUAGUUUGUUGCUGUAGCGUCGCUAAACAUGGCGGCUUUGGGGAUUUGGAGGCGUCCGCUGCAAGCUUUGCACAGGCGGCUGACCACAGUAAGCCGAAAUGAUAGUUUCCUCUCGCGCUUGGAAGAGGAGCUUCAAGGCAUGCGCACAGCUGGCACCUUCAAGGUGGAGCGCGUGCUGGAAUCUCCACAGAGUGGGGCUGUCACCGUAGCUGGCGGGUCCAAGCCGGUGCUCAACUUUUGCGCCAACAACUACUUGGGCCUCUCAAGUCAUCCUGCGUUGGUGCAGGCUGCGCAAGAGACUUUGAGUUCCCAUGGUUUUGGACUCUCUUCGGUUCGAUUUAUUUGUGGGACUCAGGACGUCCACAAGAAAUUGGAGGCUGCAAUCAGCGAGUUCCAUGGCACAGAGGAUACGAUUCUCUUUCCAUCCUGCUUCGAUGCCAAUGCAGGUCUCUUUGAGGCAUGCCUUGGUCCAGAGGAUGCGGUUAUUUCAGACGCGUUGAAUCACGCCUCCAUCAUUGAUGGCAUUAGAUUAUGCAAAGCACAGCGCCACAGGUACAACCACAUGGACAUGGCACACCUCGAAGAAAUUUUGAAGGAGUGUGUUGCCAAAGGGACCCGUCAGCGUAUGAUUGUGACUGACGGAGUCUUUUCCAUGGAUGGCGACAUUGCACCGCUCCGUGAAAUCUGCGACCUUGCAGACAAGUACGAGGCACAAGUCUUUGUGGAUGAGUGCCAUGCCACCGGCUUUCUAGGAGCCACAGGAAAGGGCACACCAGAGCUGUGUGGAGUCUCAGGACGUGUCGAUAUCAUCAACAGUACCUUGGGGAAGGCGCUUGGUGGCGCAACAGGUGGCUACACUACCGGUCCCAAGGUGCUUAUUGACCUUCUGAGAAAUAAAGCAAGGCCAUACCUCUUUUCCAAUACACUUGCUCCAUCUGUUGCUGGUGCUUCUCUGGAGGUCUUCAAGAUGCUGUCCAACAGUGGCGAUUUGCUUCAGCGCUUGCAGGCGAAUGUGAAGCACUUCCGCUCCUCAAUGAAAGCAGCUGGCUUCAAACUCAGCGGCCACGAGAGCUGCCCAAUCGUCCCAGUGAUGCUGGGAGACGCCCGCCUUGCAAGUGAAAUGGCGGAUGAGAUGCUGAAACGUGGCAUCUACGUCAUCGGUUUUAGCUAUCCCGUGGUACCUAAAGGUGCUGCUCGCAUUCGCGUUCAGAUGAGUGCAGCUCAUGAGCCAAACCAAGUGCAGCAAUGCAUUGACGCAUUCGUUGAAGUUGGCAAAGCCAAAGGCGUUAUUUGAACACGUCCGUUGGCCUCACCCCGAAAAAUGC